UCACCUGUCCCUUCACCUGUGCAGGUGCUCCUGUACGGGCAGCUGUACCGGGUUUCCCUGGAGCUGGAGCUCCCGGAGUCGCCGGUGAACCGGGAGCUCGGCAUGUUCAUGGUGGCCGUGACCUGUUACGGGGCCGGGGGACGACCCUUGGCCUCGUCCGCGCGCUCGACCAUGCUCCAUUACCGCUCCCGCCUGCUGAGGACCCUCCACACCGUGGCCUUCGCCGGACUCUUCCUCAGCGGCUUCGCGGAGCAAACGCAGACCCUGGAGGUGGAGCUGAUGGACCGCUACCGCGAGGACCCCUACAACCCGACAGUGGAGGUGGUGCUGGAGCUGCGGAGCCGGCGGGUGCAGCUUUACAGGGCCCAGCUGAGGGUCCACGCCCACUUCAGUGGGCUCAGGUAAGUGGGAGGGGGUCUGGAGGGACCCCCAGACCCAA